AAACCACGACGACACUCCCGGCACCUCCCCCGCUCGCAUCUCUCCAGGGCUGUGCAGCAGCCGUGCGAACCUGCCACCAUGGCUUCCAGAAGAGCAAAUCUCACCGGCUUCGACAAGCACAAAUUCGCGGCCGCGUCAGGACAACCAGCAAACGAUCCGUGGGCCCGAAGAGAAGCAUGGCGGUACAGUGGCCCUUUCACCCGGUGGAACCGACUCAAGAGCGUCUUCCCGGGCUUCGGCAUCGCGACAGCCGCAUUUGCGGGAUACCUCGUAUACGAGCAGCUGUUCCUCACGUCGUCACAUGGACAUGGAGAGGGACAUAAGGGAGAAGAGCACCAUUAAGCAGGUGGUGAGAGACGGCUGGAGCAGCGGGGGAUAUCUGUACAGUGCAUGAUUGCGGCGUAUCUACAGGCGGAAAUGUGGAGUGCGGAGAGGGCAAGAGUCUUGUGGGACAUAUCAACGAACGCAAAUACCCUUGGAUGAAGCGUCAGACACCGCAAUCAAAGACAAGCCAGUCGGGCCUCGGUGUGCUGACGUUGGUCCUGGUGCUGAGACGAGAAGCCACUUUCAAAUGUAUACACACAACGCUCCAAAAGAUCCUUCAGUCACACACACACACCCAAUUGGACUGGAGUAUUGGCAUCUACCCUUGUCGUUCUAGGUCGUAGACAGCAUAUCACCGCGUGCCCUCGA